AUGGAAGGCAGUUAUCGGCCUCUUCCUGCUAACGCACCCUCGCACGAUCCAUCAACGCCUUGGCGAGGGAGUCGACCGAGCAACCAAACGCCAAGCCCGCCUCACCAGCACGAAUUAAUGGAAAAGACAACACCUCGGUUUAGAGGCCUCCCGGCGCGGCGGCGAUCACGACCAAAGCUCUGGCUGGGGGUGCUUGGGAAAUGGCUCAUCACGGUGGCUUUUAUUGUCAUCAUUUACGUCAUUUUGAUCGGCUAUUCCAAUUAUGAAGUCAUUUCCAACAAGCAGAAGCGAUAUUUCAAUGCAUUAAUUACCGGAUUUUUAAUCGCGUUGGGUUUGACGACUAUGAGUCAGUUGACAAACGCCGUGUCCGAUCUGAGAUGGUGGAUUCUUAGCCGUAGACCUCGCUCGGCAGGAAAGGUCAAGGCAAUUCUGCACGCUACUAGUAUGACUCAGGUCUUGAUGCUGGCCAUCAAGUCCAGUCGAACGUCCAUCCACCUCAGCGUCGCAGCUUGGGUCAUUUUGUUUCUUGGCUCUCAAAUUGGCUAUGCAUCGCUCGGACUGUGCUACUCUGUAGAAAAGACUGAAGACCGCGCCCUGCUCGUUCCUGGCAACGUCUCCAUCCCCAAUCUAUCUACAAUCGAGACAAACAAAGUCAUCAAGCAGUCCAAUUCUAUCAGGGCACAGCAAUACACUGCCAACAGUUACGGCACCGUCUCCCUGGCCCUCAACUGGGCCGAUCCCGAGGAUAUGCCCAUUCCCGGCACGCUCUGGUUUGCUGAUGAUUACUCCCUCUUCUGCACCAUCAACUACUGUUCCUAUGUUUUCCGCGAGACAAACACGCAGACAUUGGGAGACCCACGUGCGAUUCCUGUCACAGUAACAACGAACCGCAAUAUCAAUGCCACCGCGCAGUGCUCUAGCUACCCGGUUCUUCAAGGAGGCAACGGCACAGACUCGAGCAUACGAGUAAAGAUUGACUCACGAGAAGUCAAUAUCACCAUCCCGCACCAGGACGGACCGGAUCAAACGACCUACAUGACAUCUACUGACGAGUCUUGCGGGGAGGGCUGCAGCAUUAUCUCAGCGUUCGAAGCAUCAUCGACGGAGCCAUGGUUUUAUAACUGCACUGCAAGGCUAGGAUCCGUGGCUAAUGCCACUAGGCCAGAGCAUAGACUUGGGAGCAAUCUUGCACAGCUGGCGACGUCGGCAAUCGCACUGCAGGGCUAUGCCAACAAUGGAAGCUUCCAGUACAUGACAUACCCAUCGGCAGCCACCUUUGGAACCCCCGUAAACGGCUCAACUGAAGCCAUGGGGCUUCUCCUUUCUCGCUUCACAAUCGGUGUCCUCAGCACCGUCAUCGAGUCAAACUCAGACAUUGUCGUCCAAGGCCGAGCACCAACCAUCGGGCAGAAGCUAGGUGUAUCGCACUGGGGAAUCAUUCAUCUCAUCAUCUGGCUGACAGCCGGUCUCCAGCUGCUGCUGGCGGUGCUGGCGACUUGGGUGGCAGAAAAGGUGGUUGUCCCAGAAGAGAACCCUCUCGCUGAAGCACGAGUUUUACAAUCCAUGGUGACAGAACAAGGGCCUCAGAUGAUCAACGGCCAGUCGUUUGAGACUGUCCCAUUGGGCCCAGCCAAGUCAUUAUGGAUCUUUAAGGAUCAGUAUGUGGGGGAUGGCGUGUACGAUUUAUAUAUGGAGGAGGUGUCGAGAUGA